UCUGUGUGGCAGUAGAGUAUGUGCGGGGAUUAUUUUUGGAGGAAUGGGGGAUCAUUGACUUACGCAACAGGAUCAAAUCGUUUGUUCUUCUCAAGAGGUUUCAUCAGCAGCCAUGGCAACCCUUGGCCAGAUCAUCUUCGGCAGCAUGAUUACCCUCAUCGUCUUAUUCUCGGCCAUCAUCAUUCUCAUCUUAGCCCUGUCCCUCUCAGGCAACUUGUCCCAGGUGAUAAGCACCAACACGUUGCCCGUUGCCAACCUCGGCGAGGAUCAGCUUCUCAGCUGCUUUCUGAACACUAAAAGUCAAACAUCCGGACUCACAGACGUGUCAGUCACCUGGGAGAUGAAGGGCCUGACGGGAACCGUUUACAGCUAUCAGAAUGGAGCUCCGGAUCUUGCCAACCAGAACUCUCAGUUCAAAGGGAGAACGCAGCUCUUCCUCGAUGCUUUGACCACGGGGAACGCCUCUCUGCUGCUGAGGGGUGUGACACUUAGUGACAAGGGGGAGUACACCUGCAGCAUGAGCUCCUCUGGCGGUGGAGGGAACGUCAACAUUUACCUCAGAACAGCAGCCUUUUCAGCCCCAACAUUUAAAUUCACAAAUGGCACCCUGGCUGCUGAGGCAACCAGGUGGUUCCCUAAACCAAACGUGACGUGGUCGAACAAUGGCUGGGUCGUCCUGCGUGGAAGCACGAGCUUCACGUCAAACUCUGCGGGGAUAUUCAGUGUGGUCAGCACGCUGCAGUCAAUCAACGUCAGCGACACCUACACCUGCACGAUAGGAAAUGAUCUGGUGAUCGGCAUCUCUAAGGCAACUGUAACAGACACUGGUGUUUCAGGGAACACAUACUUCACCUACAGUGCUGCAUCAUCCCUGCUGGCAUCAACUUACCUGAGCAUGACGACCAGUGUCCUCCACAUCUAUUAUCUCACCUAAUUACACACACACACACACACACACACACACAGACUCAUAAGGUGAAAAUAUCAGCUUUAUUGUCAGUAGGAAGUUCACAGUAGUGCAGUAGUAAAUACAAAUAAGUACUUCACUUCUCUCUCUUUCUCUCUCUUUCUCUCUCUCUCUCUCUUUCUCUCUCUUUCUCU